AUGCUUUUGGUUUCGCCAUUGCCGCCGAACGCCGCUGUAGCACUGUACUUUCUCUUUCUCUCAUCUAAAUUUGAACUGUUCAUGUUGAUUUCAUCUAAAAUAUAUCUCCUUGCAAGAAAACAGAAGAAAAUAUACGUUGAACUGCUUGAAGUGGCCCCCAUCACUUUGACCCUAAGCUUUUCGAGCAGUCCAUGGAUGCUAAGGAAUGGAAUACUUACAUCAGGAGAAUUUCUUAUCCAUAGAGGUCUAAUGGCUCUUGCUGACGUAUUAUGGGAGCCUUUCCUUGAACCCUGGAACUUCCAAGUAAGCUUAAGAAGAGAGCAAGGGAAAAGCACCCUUCAAAACAGCCCAGUCAUGACAGAUGUUCAUCUCGAGUCAAAAAUGAAUCUCAAUAUCAAUGUUACAGAAUCCUUCAUUGAGCCUGGUUCUUCAUAUCCAGUGUACAUUGAUGAUAAUACAGAUGAACAAACCUUUGGCUUUAAAUCUAGCCCUUCAAUUGACAAUCUAGGAGACAAAAAAUCCGCUGAUGCACAACAUCAUUAUAUAGUUAUUCAGCUUGAAGGAACUUCCACUUUGUCAACUCGUGUUUCUAUCGAUCUUGUUGGUGUCAGUAGUGGCUAUGUUGUUCCUGUAGUAAUUGAUGUUUCAGUUCAACGAUACACAAAUUUCGUCCGAUUGUACUCAACAGUCAUACUCACAAAUGCAACAACAAUGCCAUUUGAAGUCAGAUUCGAUAUCCAAUUUGGUGUAUCUCCCAAGAUUCUGGACCCUGUAGUAUAUCCAGGACACGAGUUUCCUCUUCCUCUACAUUUAGCAGAAUCAGGGUGUGAUCGAAUGUUCUUCAGCGAGAUAAUGAAAGAAGAUUCUGAUAUAAUGGGGUGUAUUAGCUCUAGAGUCAGACAUCUUGUCCAGCUUCAUUGCAAAAUUGGUGCACAACUCUAUGCAAACAACUCAUCUGUAGAUCAAAGUAUUGAAGACGAAAAAACAACCUCAGACACAUCUCUUUUUACAUUAUCCGAGGUCGAUAUAACAUUGACAGGUGGCGAAACCACACUGGCUCAACUAAGUGUUACACCUAGAAAAGAAGGCCGGCUAAAAGUAACUGGUGUGAGUUGGAAGUUAUCUGAUUCAAUGGUUGGAUUUUACGCUUUUGAACCGGAUUUAAUAAAAAAAAGAAUUUCUAAAGGAAGAAGGAAAGCUAAACAGAACACAAAUAAACUUGAAUUUUUGAGUCUACCCAGACUUGAGGGUAUUAUUAAUAACCUCCCAAGUACAGUUUAUACUGGAAAUUUGCAACGUCUUUCACUCGAACUAAGAAACUCUUCAGAGAUUCCUGUGAAGAAUCUAAAGAUGAAGAUCAGUCAUCCUAGGUUUCUAAACAUAGGAAACCCCGAAAAAUCAGAUGUGAACUUUCCCUCUUGUUUGGAGAAAGAAAAAACACCUUCACAAAAAGACAAAGACGCAGAUCUCGACACCACUAAGAAAUCCGACACCAUAUUCCAUUUCCCCGAGGAUACAAUAAUUCACAAGGAAACUCCCUUUGUUCUACCUCUUUGGUUUCGGGCAGCAACUCCGGGAAACGUGUCUUUGUAUCUGACAAUAUAUUAUGAAGUUGAAGACAAAUCUACUGCCAUGCGAUAUCGCACUUUGCGUACACAUCAUAUUUUGGAGGUUCUACCAUCUUUGGAUGUGUCAUUCAAUAUCAGCCCAUGUCCAUCAAGAUUACAAGAAUAUAUUAAAAUCUCCUUGAUCGAAUCCAUUCAAGACAUCAUCCCUUCUGGAAACUUAGCAUCUGGUCAAUCUCUUUCUUGCUUUCUUAAACUCAAGAAUUGCAAAACGCUUUUACUCAUGAUCCUCAGCUACUAUUUUUCAUCCAUACGCGUUGAGCCGGGUGAAAUCUGCAAGCCCAAAGAUGAAGUAUUUGGUAAUGCAGGACGCAUAACUGAACCAGAUUUACUUCUAAAACGAAGGUUUAGAAAAGAAUGGGAGGAAAGACUUACUGAGCAUUGA